CAUCAUUUUUGUCGGAGCAUACAGGAGAGCAGUAGGAGAAGCUACGGGAGCCCCCAUUGCCUGACAGGAGCUUUACAAAGGAAGGUCAGUCAUCAGGUACCCAUUACGCGGGCAAAGGAAGCUGAGACUCAUGCAAAGCCUCUGGCAAAGGUGGAAACAAAACCUCGGGCUGUGAUCCUGCAUUAACUGCCGUCUGGAUCUGUCUGCCUGAAGCUCCUUGCAGAUGAGCAGUCUGGGACUGGAGCAGUGAAGACAUACUCUCUCUGUGCCUGCAGUUACUCCUGGUCCCCAAAAACGCUGCCUCUCACUGCUGCUGGUGCCAGCUCAGACCUCUCUCACCGCAGUAUUUGUUUCAGCAGGGCUCAACACCCGGCUACUCCCACUGAUGUAUCAAGGAGGAGGCAAGAGUUAACUUUGAAUUGCGGAUUUCAGUGAGAGCCAAGUGCUCCUGCCAGUAUGGCCCCUCAUCUCGUGGUGCUGCGGGUACCUAUGCUGGCAGAUAAAAGCAGGCCAGGGAGCAACCCAUGCUGACCCAGCUGAUGGAGCAGGAUGGCCAUGUCUGCACUGUGGAGGAUGUGAUUCCCAGGCUCUCGUGGGCCCUCUUGUUCACAAGGUAUUUUCAGUAUUUUGCAUGAUUUUUCUCCCUCCACUGAAAAAUGCCUGAAACUAUAGGAGAGCUGUCUCAUGGCCUAUUAGCAUUCUGUUUUCUGCAUGAAGCUGAAGAUACGUGUUAAAUGUGUCGAGGAGUGCCAUGCAGGACUGGUGGAGGUGAUAUAGGGCUCCAAAUAGGCUAGGAUGGCACUGGAAGACUGUGUACAGCAGAGGGAGCAAAACCUGCUCCUGUCUCAUCCCUACUUCAUUUUGAGAGUGAUCCUGAGACCAAAUCUUGGUCCUGUGAUGCCACGGUCAAAUCUUGGAAAAAAAUUGAUGCUGUCUCCAGCUGGGCCACUGUGGAAGUCCAGGCUAGAGGUGGAGGACAAGUGUGUGGAUGGAGAUGGGCACAGUACUUGAACUUGCUUCUCGCCCCUCUUUUAUUGAGCCAUGGUAACCCUCAGGGUUCAGCUGUAGCCAUGAGUCAAAAACCUAACAUCUUCUUGAAACAUGUUUCUGGUCAUUGUAAUUCUGUGCCACCCUCUUCUUUAUGAUGGAGAACAUGAUCCGCUUUCCAAGGCUACUAACACUUCUGAGCCCAGCCUGCCUCCUUGCCCUUGAUCAGAGUGGCAGCCAUGGAACCCUGUCUCAGAGCCACAGAGGAAAGGUGUUGGAGAAGAGCAGAGGACAAAACCAGAGGAGCAGGCUGCUACAGGAGCUGACUUCGCUUCUUGCAAUUGCCUUGUGCUGCAGCAUGGCUCCAGGUUAGUCACAUCAUCCUUGCUCUCCUCGGCUGCAGAAUGGGGGCAGCGGUACCAGCCUCUGCUAUGUGAGACUGCACUGGUAGUUUUUUUCCCUCUGUUUCUGAGCUAUCCCAUAGCCCUUGGGGUCUGCAUUAGCUCCAUGCCCAUCAAAGCUGGCACGGCAUAGGAACUUAAAACAUAAACCAAACUCACUCCUCACCCCUUUUACCAGAAGAAAAGAGGAAGGGGUCGACAGAGGAGUCUGCAGAACUCACUGUGUGUGGCCUGGACAUGAAAAUGGUGUCCCUGGCCCUGUGGCUGGUGGGCGGAGUACAAAGGGGGAUGCAGGAGCAGCCAAACCUGCGUGUGACAUACUUAGGCAAAUGCUAAAGCUGUUGGCUUCAAAGCACAGGUUAUUCUGCCUCUUUUAGGGGAAAGGUGAUGAACUUGAUGGACUACCUGGCUGGUCCAGGAUGACAAUUCCUGAAUGCCUCUUGGGUUCAAUAUCACCAAGGACAUUACAGAUUUUCAUCUGCUGAUAAUGCACCCAAAGAUAGGAAAACUAAUAGGGAUAUUUUCACCAACAAGGACUGUUCUGAUUUUAUAUGUUUUUAAAUGUUGUUGCCAAACGAGGCCACAGCAUAUUUGGUAAACAAAAACCAGCCCCAACAGGUCCUGACCUCAACUCAGACUGGCUGUGAAAAUCCGGUGCAUAGAGGAAGCUGGCGGUUUGUGGGCAUGCAGAGGGAGCAGGGAUUUGCCCUGCUGGGCACAGCAUUGCUUCCCAGCUCACACAGGGGCCUCUGCCUGAGAGUCUCCUUCAAAGAGGACUUAGGGCAUAUGGUUGGAUCCAGGGCGCACAAUCCCUUGCUGCACUUCCCCAUUUCUGUGUACAGAUGGGGAUGCACUCUGGAAACAGCCCAGCUCUGAGCCUACAACCUUCCUUUUCCAUUCUCUCCAAAACUGAGCAUCCGUGCAUGGAUGUUACACCCUAGGUCCCUGAGCUAGAGACAAAACCAUGGUGUGGAUGUAGCUGUCAGGAGCCAGUCGUCGGCAGUGCAGCUGCAACAAUCCUGGGACAAGGCUGUUCUGCUGGAGAGAUCAUGAUCCUUGUACCAAUGGACCCCGUCAUCCUCUGCAGGCCUGAGACUGCAGGAGAUGUCACUAAAAUUUUGAAUCCUGAGAGACUUUCCCACCUCAACAGACUACUUCUUCUCUUUGACUUCUUCACUCAGAAGAGGAUGGCAAACCAGCACCGGAGAAGCACAUAUUAAUGUCUCAUCUUAAGAUUUUUCAUUUCUCCAUUUGCAUAUUUGGGUCUCCUAUAAACUCAGCUGCGGUUUGAGUGCAAGUACAUAGCACACUCAGCUGUGUCAUGGAGUAUCAUGUACCACCAAGGCAGCAGCAUCCCCACCUAUGUCCACAAUGGCUAUGGGGUGGUGGUAGCAGACACUAAGCCACGGAAAAGAGAGGUGGCCUUUUAACAGCACUGGGCUGGCACUCAAGGAGGCUCCAUUUCUGCUCCACAUACACAAAUCUAGGUGGUCUUGGCAUGUAACUCACUUCUCCAGAAAGGCACAUGGUGUUUGAAUGGUGUCUCAGGAACUUCUGGUAACAACCUCAGCCUAUGCUUAACUGCAGUGGGAGUAGAAGGGGUUACUGCUUCUUGCUGGAAAUGUGAGAGCUUGGGCUUCUCUUUCUUUCUCUUAGAAACUAAUACAGAUUUUGGAAGUCAAAAUGUAAGAAGGAAGGCAGGUGACUUUUAAAACAUAGUUGGUCAUCAUUCCCAUUUUAGGGUGUGUGUGUGAAGGGACACAAGGUGCCCUUUGGUCUCUCAGAGCCAGAAACACCAUGGUGGCAUCACCUCCUCUUCUCUAGUACCUCCACCAAGCCCUGGCUGUGCCAAGAGCAUGCCAGGGGCAUUGCCAGAGGUGCCUGCUGCCAAGAUGCAAUGUCUUGCUCUUCACCCCAAAGAAAGCUGAGGGGGUUUGUGGCUCCCAGCUUUCUCAGUUCAUUGUCUGUCCACUGCAUUUGUUUCUUUGAAAAGAUUGAGCCUAAGAAUGUAUUAAUAAAAGGCUGUAAGGUACAUUAAGAAAACAAUAGCAACAUAACAAACCAAAAAAAAAAACCAAAGAAAAAAACAGGGGAGAAAGGCUGUAAUCACACAGGGUGAGGACAUCCCCUUCAGUGACAACCUUUUAUACCUGUUUGCCUUCAUGGUGGAGCUGGAAGGCAGCGUGUUGUUAGCAAGGAUCAGGCCCCAAAUCUUUCGCAUUAAUCAAAGGAAAAUAUUUUCUUAAAACACCAGGGGAAGGUUUCCCAGUGAAAUACACACAGAUGUUUUCUUUUUAAAUGUAAAUCAGUGAGGGAAUGGACAGUUUAAUUAAAAGUAAAAUUAUUAGGUAAGUGCUCAGGGAAUCUACUUUAUUUGCUGGGUACACUCACAUAUUUUUACUGGUGAGUCAAUUGCAAUUUUUAAUUUCUUUCCACUUAAUAAGACCAGCUCAGAGACUAGCCACUAUGAUGUGGAAUAUUUGGGGGAGGAUUUUUCCAUGGAUAGCAGGAGUGUCUGUCCUGUGUGCAAGUUGUGGAUGCCUAGGCAGCUUGCUAUGGUAUGUCCAUUCUGAGCCUCACAUCGCUGCUAAUCACAGUAUCACAGAAUGUUCUGAGUUGGAAGUGACUCUCAAGGAUCUUCAUUAGCAAACACUCAUUAUAGGCUGCUUCUGCAGAGAUUUUCUCGCCUGGAGAAAAUCCUUUCCCUUGUAACAGGGAUUUUGAGUCCUAUGAACUGAAACACUUGGAGUAAUGGCUGUCUGGGAUGCUAAGGGAAAGGGGCUAUAGUUUUAACCGACUUUACACCCUGCUGCUACUCUGUUACUAGACUCUUCUCCCUUCAGUAUCACCCGUCCCUUUACACACAAGCCUUUUUGCAGGCAGGUGUUUUGUGGAAGCCCCUACCCUCGAACCCCUGCAUCCCUUUUCAGCAUAGCAAAUGAUACAGACAGACUCCUGAGCACAUCAGAAAACAGCAAAAAUAUGCUGCAUACUUGAGUGGGGUUGAGGACUGAUGGCUCAGCCGUAGCUGAAGUUCAAAAUAAGACCACAAAAGCCUCCAAUAAAAUUAUCCCAUGCACCAUCGUGUGGGACUCUAUAAGAACUCAGAUAUUUUUACUGAGUCUGAACACCAGUGGCUUCCUCAGUGCAGUUCUUGUGAUGUAAAUGCCUCUUUCAGGUGGUAACAAAUGGAUUUAUGGUGUAGACGUACAGAGGGAUAAGGCUUAAUUCCCACUAUGAAACCAGAUGAUGCUGAUAAAGCCUCAGUGGCUUCAGCAGAUGUACCCUGAAACAGACAGGAGUGUGGCAAUGGACAGAUGUUGUGAAAUGCUUCAGGUACCACGGAUGGCAGAAAGGUGCGAUGAAAGCACACAGCCUGAUUAGUGCCCGGGGGAAGGCAGAGAUCUGGGUCACCUCAUCCAGGCCUACCACCACAUAUGAUCAUAUUUCUGAACUUUCUUCCCCAUCAGGAGUAUCACUGAAAUAAAUGCCCUAAAAAUGAUGUGGCCUCUCUGUUUGAGGGGUUAAAAACAAUUUCCCAUCAUUGAGCUUUUGCAGUUGGCUCAGGUAUUGUUGCAGGGUCUUGGAUCCUUUUCUUAUUAUUAUUAAUAAAAGAAACUUUGAAAUAUAUUUUAAAUAGUGCUUAUCAGAUAAUGAAAUUCUAGCUGUGGUUGUCUUUCAAACAACCAGGGCCAUGAUUUAAUUGGAAGUAAUUAUAGUCUUUUCUGAAGUAUAAUUUUUAGGGUAUUUUUUCCCCUGACAUUUUCAGUGUGGAAAUUAAAAAUAAAACGAUGUCAGAAUCACAAGAUUUCAAUCUGUCUUCAAACAAUAAUGUGAGCUAGUGUCAGAGGUUUGUCCUUGGCUGGAAGGAGGAAAAACUCCCUGAAAAAAAUCCUUAUGGUGAAAAUCGCCAAUAGCACCCAUCUGUACACUUUCUGUGCUCAGAAAUUCCUGGGAGACUCCUGCUUCCCAGAGCUCAGUAGAAAGCCUCCUAGCUCUGGUGCAGUGGGAAAGGGCACAACAGUACCUAGCUCCUGAAAGCACCACAUUUGUGAUGCAGGCUUUGUUAAUUAUUCCACUGGUAAAGGCUGUAUUAAGAGACACAAUUAGAGCAAGGAAAAAACUUUUCCCAUUCUACACAACAAAGAUUAAAUGUAGUCCUCAUAUCCCCCUGAAAACAAUCCAGGGUGUAACAAAGGUAUUUCCAUGAUUCUUUUCCCCCCAACAUUUUUUCCAGUUUUUAAAGAGGAAAUUUUUCAAAUUAUCUCUAAAUUUUGCCCUGUUUUCACUUUGCAAUUCCUCAGCUUCCUUCGGUGAAACCACCAGUGCAUCCUCUAAACUCCAACUCACACACUCUACCUUCCUUAAAAUGCUAUUGCCAAGGGAGGGACAGUCUCCACCAACAUCAACUCAACUUUUUUGGUUGCCAGUGGCAUCAGCAGGGCCCUAUGGUCAGGCCCUCAAUUCCUAUGAGCCUUUGUGGUUCUACUGGUACUGGAUGCUAUGAUGCCCCGGACGCACAUGCUUCUCUAAAUACAGCUACUCAGAAGGAAAGUUUGGCCCAGACUUUUAAGUCACAUUCUUCAGACUCCAAAUAAUUUCUGUAUGGAUGCAGAUGUGCACAUGAGGAAUUAUCUUGAAGUCUGAACUCUCUGCUUCUGGAUCUGAAAUUUUAUAUGUAAUGACCAUGUUCCUGAACACCAGUCAAAGAAACUACUUCAGAUUAAAAGGGCAGCACGCAUUAAAAGACAAAGCUACAUAUGAGGCAGAUUGUGAUUACAGCACUGUAUAAAGUACUGUAGAGGAAUGUAUGAGGGAUGCAGAACUGAGGUUCUGCAGAAUGUGUUGACUUUUUGAAGAGGCAUCAACUAUCAUUAUAGACUCUAUGGAGUUAUUAACCAGAUGAUUUACAAGCCAAAUUCCUACUGGGCAAUACCUGCCUGGUCCACUUACGUAUCCUGCCUCACCACUCAGCUUUAUUUAUUCCAUUCUCCACUCUCCUCCUUAAAAAAAUCCCAUUGCACGGCAUUACCAGCAAAGAACAACUAUGUUUCAUCUCAGAUAUGGCUUCAGCAGCAAGGUAAGAGAUUUCCGUCUAUUCUUCAGCCUCUGAAACAGCCUUUUCAAAUAAAGGUGUUUUAUUAAAUGGGAAAAAAAAUUAUACAGACUGAGGUAAAAUUUUGGUCAGGCCUUGUAAAACAAACUCAGUGACUUUAAAGUAGUAAAACUUUCUGUGGCACUUAGCCUAAGCUGAUCUUCUAUACUAUACUUCAGGGAUAAGUCCAGAUGUGCUGACAGAAACCUCGUGGCUUCCAACCCAUGCGCUGUGUAGAGCCUUGAGGGAUUUUCUGAAAAGCAACUACUUUUCCUAAGUUAAACAUUUUUAUCUCCCCUCCCAAAAUGUCCAGCAGACCAGCAGUGUUUCAAAGACAAGCAUACGUGUUUACUUCCAUGACUUUCAUGCUGUCAACAGAAAAUAUUUGAAAUUGCAGGCAAAGUUUCCAAGAAAGCAGAGAUGAAGAUUUUCUUUGCUUAGAUUAAAUUUCCCAGUACCUUCCAGCAAGACUCCUGCCUUUGCACCACUCCCUCACUCAGCUGGAAGCCUGGAGAUCUGAGCCCAUUACUUGACCACAGAUCUGUCUGGGGACUUGGUGUGUUUAGGCAUUGUGAGCCAAGGAGUAUAUUUGGUACACUCAGUGCCUGCCACAGCACAGCACUGAGCUUGGCGGGAUGGGAAACACCUCCAGUAUUUGCACUUAUUUGACUACUUAAUGGACAUUAUCUCCUUCUCCAGCCCAGAUCUCUACAAGAGCCAAACCUGACCAUGAUGUCCAUCACUGUUAAUGCUGUACCAAUAGUAAUAGCUAAGCUGUUGGUGAUGGGUUCACACAAGAACAUUGUUCCUUGUUGGUUAGCCGCAGCCUGUGACUGUGGCUUUAACAAUUGUGAUGAGCAGGUCUUGUCUUGGGACCCUGCUACCCACCCACUUCCAUGCUGAGAAAGUCGAAUAAAUAUUUACUACUUCUCAAAAUAACACCCAGCCACACUCACCCUUACCACUGCAGAGUAGUUCAUCUAAUUGAAAUAAGAACAUAAGUAAACUGUUUGUCAAGGCAGUUUAUUAGGAAAAGAUUGCUGUGUCAGGAGCUCCCUUACUGCGAGAGAUGCUGUGUUGUCUCUCUUAAUAUUUAAUGUCAUUUUAAUAAUAUUCCCCAGUUAGGGGGGCAGGCUGGUGCUAUAGACUAAAGACCAAGCCUGCCAAAGUGGAGAGGAAUAAAAGCUUGAGGUCAGCUUCACUCCAUUGACUUACCCACCUGGAGGCUGGGCAAAGAACAGUGUUGCUCUUCUUCCAAGGGACUCAGCCAUGCCCAGGUCCUUCUCUCCAACUUUAUUUCAGAUUUGUGGAUAUUGCCUUUCCUUACUCAGAAUGACACUUUAAAAAGGUUAGGGCCACAUCCUGAGGUGGUGGAGAUGAGAAACCCACAUUUUUCCUUUGACAAACCUAUUUCUCAUUGCAACGCUGCUCCAUUUGGACUCGUUAAUCAAACAGUACCUUAAACUACUGAAUUUCUCCCAGGCUUGUGAUUGCAUCUGCAGCGACAGCACUCCUGCCUUCUUUGGCAGGUCUUGUUUUGGAAACCUCUGUGUUAAACUCAGAGGUGUUUUAUCUCAAGGCAUGGGGAACUGCAGCUUAAGCAUCAAAGGUCCCCACUAGUAAAACAUACAACAAUGCUGCCUCUGCGUUGCGCUCCAGCCCUCACAGACCUGCCUUGGCUGCAAAGCUGCUGCACAAGAGGGUGCCCCAGUCCCUACCUCAUUCCUCCAGACUUCUGGCAGUUAUGCCCAGCUCAGGCUCUUCCUUAUUGUGAAAGACUCCCUGCUGAAGGACCAUGGAGUCAGAGCCUUUUGAAGCUGCUGCAUAAUAAGCUGUAUUCUUUUUCUAAACAUCACUAGACAGUUCAAUAAUAAUUACAUGAACUUUGUAAUCAGCCAAACCAGCGUAGGCAUCUACUGACCUACACAUACCAUUUGUGAGUAAUUUUACAUAAAGGGCAGGUACUUUUGUACUUAGUGCACAGGACUUGUGCACAAACAGCUAUAGAAGGAGGGCCCAAUUAUAAAUAAACCAUCCUUAGUUGUCACUUUGCUGUCUCUGACUUCCCACGCAUUCAAAUGGUGAGACUGAUUCAUUUAAUCUUACUCUAAAGCAGCAAGCCACAGAGGCAGUUUCCCGACAGUUGCUUAAAAAAGUGUAGCUGAGCUCUCUUAAAUUGUCUUCCCUUGUAUUAUAUUUAGACAUUGUGAUUAGACUAUCUGUCACGAUAUGCUUUAAUUUUAAGGUAGAAUUUCGAGCUGCUUUCUGAAAGCAAACAGAGAUGCUCCUAGGAACCAAAGGGGCAUGAGCGCCAGGUUUCAGCAUUUAGGAGCAGAGAUCUUCAGUGCUGCUUGCACUGCCGGCUCCCCCGGCACAGCCAGCCUUAUGAAACCUGAGUUUUCAAAUAAGUGCAACACUAUUUACCAUAAUGAGACUUCUGGGAAGGGUGGAGACAGUGAAAGACUUAGCGGUUGUUUCCAAGCAUUUUAGCAAUAUCAGCUGAGCAAUUUUUAUGAUCUUCCCUUCUGCCCUCCUUCCCUCUUCUCCCCCUCCAAAACCUGGCUAUUCUUGUCAAAGGCUUGGAUGCAAAAUCUGGACAGUCCUGUCAUAUGAACAUGGCUUUUACACAUUUGUGUCACUGCAAAGCAGAUUAUAAUGACUACACUUCAUUCAUUUUAUUCUGAUGAAGUCAGUGGAGGUUUCAGCAUAGAUACAAACUCAAUGUGCAGCUCUGCCCUUGACAAUUGCAUGCCGAAGAGAAAAACUGAAAGCUCUUGUUUUGCUAAAUAUGCUAUUUAAUAUUUUGUAAUGAUCUGGUAAAAGCAGUCAGUGAAUGUGAAGCCUUACACAUUUCUAUAUUAUUAUGGAGGAGGUUACUAGAGUUACACUGAAGGAGGUUUCCUUGUUCUGUGACUUGCUUUACCAGAGCACUUACCAGACACUGAACUGCGAGUUCACCUGCUGACCACCAUCUGUGAUGAGAAGACCCCCAGAUUCUAUCACACUCUCAGCCACUGCUCUGGCUGUGGGAGCCUAGCAAAUAUGACCAAAAUCUGGCAGACAGGACAAGGUGGAAGACCCUCUGGGCCCUAAGGUACAUGGGGAGACAGGGAGGGUUCUGUGAAGAGGGCGAAUGGUAGGGAGCAGAUGCCAUACCUCUGUUGCCUUUGGUUAACCUGGAAUAAAUGCUGCUGUGGAAUUUAAGACUCUGAAUUAAAAGGUGAGUUUCUCCCAUGUGCCAUGUAUAGGAUGCCUGUCUCCUCUAGCUGGUCUACAGAGAACUGUAAAUCUUUUAUUGCUUCCACAUACCCUCAUAGAAACUUGUGUUUUUAAUUUAGUGUGUAGAAAACUUGAAGUUCUACAUCCAGAUCUUAAUGUUGGUCCAAAGAUGAAUGGAUUACCAUUCUUUUAGGAUCUUCUAUAUUCCUCUUCUUUCAGAUAAAAAUGUUAUGAUAGAAGUUUUCCACCAUCCCUGUGUCUCUAGAGAGAAUCUUGGAGACUUGAAGGUGACUUUUCUGUGAAAUGGUCUCAAUAUCAUUCCAAAAAUACUUCAUAAUGUGGAAUCUGCUCCUCAACCUCCAGCAGAGAUCAAAGAGAUCCCAGAAAAAAAUUGAGCAACAUCCAUUCCUACGAGCUGAGCCUUUGGCUAUAAUGAAUCAAACAACUACCCUUUUAUCAGCCAGAUAUAAGUUGACCUGGGGCAUUUUGGAGCCAAAGGCUAGUGUAAGGCUGCUGGUUUAGGCUUUUUUUCCAUCAAAAUAUUGAGUCCAAAGGAAGAUCUUUGUUUUCAAAUAGUGUUUUUUACAUCUUGUUGUUAUUUUCACUUUCAAGCUUGCUUGGCCAGUUGGAUAUGAAAAGCUUGUUUUUGCUUCCUAGUGGCAAGAUCAUCUGUUAAUGGUAUGUAUGGGGUGCUAAUUACUAUCUGUCAUUGGUAUUUAUGAGGUUCCAAUUGCUACAGGAACUAAGUGUCACGUACAAUACUGAGAUAAGCAUAAAUGUUAUUGAGCGUGGAUUCUGCUCUUCCCACCCUAGUGCUUGGCCCCUUUGACUUGAAUACUUUGUCCUCUCCAUCACACUCCUUUUCAUACUUGCGAGGCAUCUGAAAAACAGUGAGUUAUGUGCUUUGCUGUGAAGCAGCCCUGGCUUGUGAGUGAGUGAGCUUGAGAGUGGCCCAUGGCUCCAUCUCGGAGCUUCUGUCCCUCAUGCUGGCAGGUGACCCAAGGCCCCGGCACUGUGACCAGCAGCACUGGGAGCAGAGCCCACAGAGCCUGGGUCUGCUUUGCCUGGAAGCUGCACACCAGCUGCUGCUGAAUCGCUUUCCAUAGGAUGUCUUCUAAAAUCCAGCAAAGUGUGGCCACUGGGAGAGCUGAAAUCAAUUGAGGUGCUGCUUCCCAGCCUGUGCACAGUCACAGAAGGUGUACCAGUCAGAGAGUGUGGAAAGCUUUGAACUGUUUGGACCAGGACCUGCUGAGAAGCCGAGAGCCUGUGGAGCCUUGCUAGUGUUAAUGUGAAGAAUUUCUUCUGGCUACUGGUGCUAAAGAGGAAGUUUGCUUCUCAGACAAACUAGAUCCUUUGACCAACUUGACCACUGCUGUGGCCAGAGAUACAGUCUCAGCCUGAUUCUGAGAAAAGCAAAUGCCUGGAACUCCAUUUCUACCACUACAGAGAAAUUAUUAUGAUCCCACAAGAAAGUUGAUUUGAGAUGAAAAAAAUGCAGGUCACAAUAGCAGCUAAUUCUUAAGUGGGACAGGCGUAAACUUCUUUAAUGUGGAUAUUGAAGGGGACAUAUUUUGUUUCUAUUAUUACUUGACUAUGGGAGACUAAAGGGAAAUUUUUUCACAACCAAAGAAGUAUUUGAAAGAAGUUUUUAAAACAUGUGAAAUUUAAAACAAAAAAUUAGGAGGAAAACUGAAAUGAAGCAUCUGCGUAAAACUUUUUCUUCCUCUUUUUGAUCAGUUCUGAUGGUUCUAAUUGACGUCCGAGGAGAAAGCUGCAAGUGAUUUAGAGAUGAAGAAGAAAGGAAUGGCACUGCUGUUUUAGAGACAAAGAAGAAAGCUAAGUCCUGCCUAUGGGACAGCAAUCCUGGGACAAACUGAAAAUGCUUGAAUAAAGAAGAUGUCACUCAUAUAGCAGUGGAAGGCUUUAUCAGCUCUUGCGGAGGCUUUCCCCUGCACUCGGAACUCAAGGCUGGAGCUGUAGUGGAGGAAAAUGGAGCCUGUAGAUCUCCUGGCAUUUGCCUCUGUAGAAAUGAAUAGCACAAGAGUCACCCUGGCUUUGCUGGUGGUCUUCCUGGUCCUGCUGUAUUGGUACUCCACAUCUGCAUUUUCCAGACUCAGCAGAGUAGGGAUCCGACAUCCUCCACCUCUUCCUUUCAUUGGAAACCUGCUCUUUUUCAGUGAGGGUUUUUGGGAAAACCACACAAAACUCAUUACGGAAUAUGGACCUGUUUGUGGGUAUUACAUUGGUCGCCAGAUGUUUGUGGUGGUCUCCUCACCUGACAUGAUCAAGCAAAUCUUAGUGACAGACUUCAGUAACUUCACCAACAGAACUAUGACACCACUAAUAAACCAGGCCUGUGACAUCCUGCUGUGUAACUUGAAAGUCUACGCAGAUUCUGGCAAAGCUUUUGAUAUCCAGAGGUGUUACAACUGCUUUACAUUGGAUGUCGUUGGUAGCGUAGCUUUUGGUACUGAGGUGGAUUCCGAGAAGAAUCCUGAUGACCCUUUUGUUAAGAAUUGUAGAACAUUCUUUGAAAUGUCUUUGUUUAAGCCUCUCCUCAUUCUAAUCCUUUCUUUCCCAUUCAUAAUGAUUCCACUGCUACGCAUUUUUCCGAACAAGAAACAAAAGGAACUGAAUGGAUUUUUUAUCCGAACCAUAAAAAAUGCAAUUGUCUACAGGCACCAGCAAGAUGCAGCUGAGAGGCGCAGGGAUUUUCUCCAGUGGAUGCUUGACUCCUGUGACUCAGCUGACUCCCUGGCAGCCGGGUGCUCUGAUGUGAUCAGCCCAUCUGCCACUUCCAGACAGAACGAGCCACCUCUUCCUGGCAGGGCCCCAUCUGAAAAGGUUCAGAAGACGCUAACAGAGGAUGAGAUAGCAGGCCAAGCUUUCCUGUUCCUGAUUGCUGGCUAUGAGACCACCACUAGCACACUGUCCUUUGCCACGUACUUGCUAGCCACCAACCCAGAGUGCCAGGAGAAGGUGCUUCAGGAGAUUGAUGAGUUCUCUGCUAAACACAUGGUCCCUGAUUACCAAAAUGUACAAGAACUCCCUUAUCUGGACAUGGUGAUUGCAGAGACGUUGCGCAUGUACCCACCUGCUUUCAGAUUCACUCGGGAAGCAGCUAAAGACUGUGUAGUGCUGGGGCAGCAUAUUCCAGCUGGGGCCAUCAUUGAAACUGCAGUUGGACACCUCCACCAUAACCCUGAGUUCUGGCCAGAGCCUGAGAAGUUUAUUCCUGAGAGGUUUACAGAGGAGGCCAAGAAGAAACGACAUCCAUUUGCAUAUCUGCCCUUUGGGGCAGGACCUCGUGGCUGCAUCGGCAUGAAAAUGGGUUUGUUGGAGACAAAAAUUACUCUGCUGAGGAUUUUGCAGAAGUUUCAAUUCAAGACCUGCCCAGAGACUGAGAUUCCUUUGCAGCUCAAAUCAAAAGCCACACUUGGACCAAAAAAUGGAGUCUACAUUAUGCUGGAAUCUCGCUAAAAGAAAAUGUACAUCCUGAAGCCUACUAGGAUGAGACCCUUUGUUAGUGACUCACUAACCAAGUACAAUUAUUUUUUAAAACCCCAAAGACAGGUGCCUAAGUCCCACUGAUGGCCAGUAGGUGCUUCCUCAUUGCCUUCCUGUGGGAGAGCCUACAGUCACCUUUUAAAAAAUGGCUCCACAGUCUUUUUUGGCAGUUUUCAAAUUACUGUGAAUAGCAUCUGUAAAGUAGCCUCCCACUUUCACUUGAUUUUCACUUCCUUUCCCUCAUCUUUGAGAAUGCUUUCCUCCUGCCCAAUUUCAACAAACGGAGCAGGUGUUAAGUGUGCAUGCAAUUUAAAAUAGAUUUUAAUUACAAUUCAUUAUAUGGCACAUCCUUCUCAUGCACUUAAAAGUUUCUAGUCUAGAGAAAGCCCAAAAGGCACCACAAUUACAGCAGAAAACCUGGGAUGCAGUGCAUUGGAUUUUAUCAUCAACUCUGCUAACAAUCAAAGCUGAGGCUCCUGCCCAAUGCUCAAUCUCUUCCUGUGUCUGUAAAAUGGAAAGAGUUGCACCUCUUUCAUGCUUUGAAGUGAUUUUAUAUACACUUAAAUUAACAAUUUGCACUUGGCACAUUGCAUUGCUGGAGGAAUGAGGAGUUUCCCUGCUUACCAGUUAAGUUCCAGUAGCUAAGACCAAGGAAAUGAGGCAACUGCCAUUUUGCUGGCUACUGAACUGCUGUUGGAAAACUGGAGAAAAAGAAGAUACAAAUUUAAAGCAAGCAGGAAGACUGAAGGAAACUGAAGGUUAAUCAGAAGGUGCUGUUAAAACAUCUGCUUCAUAGUGAGGCUUUUCCUUUCCAAGCACUGCAGUUGGCACCAUCCUUGUCUGGCUCCUUGACUCAAGGAAAUUAAGAACAUGCAUGCACAUGUCAGAGGAGUGGGAUCCAGGAUCAUCAGUCCAAGCAGCUCUCUUGACUCCUUAUGUGACCCUGGAGCAGCUCAUGUCCCAAGUGCCUCACUCCCUUCAGGAAGGAACUUGUCUGAUUUCCUGCUGCAGCAGCAGCAUGGAUCCACUCAAGCUGUAUGGUUGUUCACAUGCAUCUUCACAGCCAAAACAGCCAUACACUUCCAGUUUUCACAUUUUCUCCAUCCUCUUUCCUACUUCUCUACCAAGUGCUUCAACCACCACACAGUGGAGCAACACACAGCAGGGAUCAACUGACGAGGAAAAACCCCACACCUUUCCUUCAGUGGGUGCCACAAACUGGUUGUCUGUACAGUUGUGCUGGUUUUGUCUCAGAUAAUUUUCUUCACAGCAGUAUGGGGCUCUAUUUUGGAUUUAUGUUUCGUUAUUAGCAGUGCUUGAACAGAGUCAAGGCCUUUUCUUCUCACACCACUCCAUCAGCAAGGAGGCUGGGGACGGACGUGCAGUUGGGAGGGGACACAGCUGGGAUUGCUGCCCCCCACUGACCACAGGAACAUUCCAUACCAUAUGGCAUCCUCGUGAGCAUAUAGACUUGGGGGAAGAAGAGGGAAGGGGAGGACAUUGAGAGGGAUGGUCUUUCCCAAGUCACUGUUAUACAUGCCAGAGCCCUGCUUUCCUGGGGAUGGUGGAACACCUGCCUGCCCAUGGGAAGUAGUAAGUUAAUUCCUUGUUUUGUGUGUGGCUUUUGCUUUACCUAUUAAACUGUCUUUAUCUCAA